GAACAUCGACCCUGGACGCCCGCGACAGCGACCGUGAUGGAAUCAUAGUGGGGCCUGGGCCGCGUCUGCAUCGCCGUGACUGGUUGAGCCAGCCUCGAUUGCAGCCCUGAUUCGUAUGAAUUGCUGGUCAACGUGGGGGAGCAAAGGAUCAUGGCUGCUAUUCUUGUUCGUCAACAGACCGACCGACAGGUACAGGGAAGGGCAGGGGUAAAAAAGAGGUUUGCAUGGUGGUGGCAAUGGGAUAUAAAGCCCUGCUGCGUCCCCUCGCAGUUCGACUGUCUUAUCCAUUCCCCAUUCCACACGAUCCAUUCUCCUGCAUAUAUCCCACUCCUCUCCGGGUCAGGUACAUUCAAGUACAGCAAACAAUAAAGUCAUCGCUUUUAUCGCUAUCGCUACGCUAUCAGCUUUUCACACCACAACCACCACAAUGCAGCUCCAGAACCUCCUCCUGACCACCCUCCUCUCCACCGCCGCCCUGGCCUCUCCCCAAGGCGGUGUUGUCUCCGAUGUCGUCUCGGGCGCUGAGUCGGCAGCCACCGAUGCCGUUGACGGCGCCACCUCGCUGGCCAGUGCCGCCUCGACGGCAGGCGCAGCGGGCGCUUCGGACGUGACCUCGAUCGCGUCCAGUGUCGCCUCGGAGGCCACCAGCGCCGCGUCGGAUGCCCGCUCCGCCGCCUCCAGCGUCGCCUCCGACGCCACCUCGCGCUGGGCGGCCUCGACCACCACGCUGACCGGCUCCAACGGCUCCGCCACCGGCACCUCCACCAUCUCCGACAGCAUGACCGUCGCCACCUCCACCUUCACCACCACCAACGGUGACUCCACCUCCACCGGCACCACCACCCACACCUCCACCGUCAGCAACGCCGCCAGCUCCGCCUCCGCCGCCAAGUCCUCCUCCACUUCUAAAGGUGCCGCCGGCGCUGCUGCCACUCCCGCCGGUGUCCUCGGCUACGGUGCCGCUGGUGUCGCUGGUGUCCUCGGUGUCAUGGCUGCUUUGUAAAUUUGACGUUGCUUGAUGUGCGGCGAUGAUUCGGACGGAUUGGGUAAAUAGUGGUUUUUUUUUUAAUUGGAUGAAGGGGCUUGAUACCAUCCUUUUUUUUUUUAUGUACAUGAAUGACUGUUAAUGCUAUGAUAUUUUUUCUGUCUUGGUUUUGUGAGAUGUGCUCGUAGGUCUAAUUCAGUAGUUGAGGAUUGGAUUAGGCUGGGACCUGGUUUGGUUCUGGAUGUUGUACAUUGCAUGCAUGAUAUGGUGUGGUGCUUGGUCUACUAAAAAGUAUCGUUGACGCUGCCUAUAUCACUAAAAAUGCACUCCAAGUCAUGGACUGUGCUCCACAAAGCAAGCGAGCAUAUUGCGGGCUGAAGACAAAGGGAG